AUGACUUCAUUGAACACUGCUGAGGCAUCAGCCACAACCUAUCCAGCAUACCCGACCUUAAAGCAAUCCUCCAAGGGUUAUGGUGUGGACAUUCGCUAUUGGCCUUUGACGCUCAGCCAUCCGUUCCACGCUCUAUCAUCCAAACUUUUUGACGCGUCGACUGCAUCGAUCAUGCAUUCUUCCUCUGACGCCAGAAAGACAUCAAUGCUAGAAAUUCGUCCUCCUUCCGCCUUCGGACUUGCCGACAAAGGACCAAGUCACCCCGCCCCCAUCGCUCAACGGAAAUUGAACGUUACGUCAAUCGUCAAUCGACAAUACAACACCAGUAGCACAACCCAUCAACAAGAUCAACGUAAUAGUUCGUUAGCAAAGGCCGAACUCGAAACACCAGACCAUCCAGAAUCACCUAACGAUCCGCUGUUGUCAAAAAGCGAGCCCAGCUGGAUCAAAAAGGUCAAAGGCCACGUUGAAGAACUCGCUGGGAUAAUCACUCAAGAAGGAGAUCUACAAGGCCGUGGCGAACAGUUGAAAAUGGAUGCAGAUGCUGAACGUAAACAAUAG